CGUUCAGCUCAGAUCGAUAAAGGACCAGCCAACGUUCUCUUAAAUGUGUCCUAAGUGUCUCUACCCACCGUGCACCUCCAACCGGGGGAACAAUAAUCAACAAUCAUAGGACUUUGAGUGAACAAAUUCCAACGACUGAAGCCACAAUCGUUCGUCCAUCACUUGUCGCGAGUGUUUGGAUUCAGUGGCUUUUGGAAUAAUUUCUCAGUCAAUAUGGACGUGGGUUAAUGGAUUUUUGAGGAAACGCAGAUCUCAGUGAUUGAAACGCAGAGCAAUCAAAACACACGUGAAUAUUUCUGAAACAUCUCAUGUGUUUACACGGAAAUUUUCCAUAAGGUCGUACUGGGGAGCCUUGAGCGGUGGUUAAAGUGCGAGAGUCUCGUGUGUCCUUCGACGAUCGGAAAUUGAGGGAAAAAUUGGAGUGAAAUGAACUUGUAAAAACACCAAUAACUCGUGUUUAUAAGCCCUUAAUCGAUGAAGGGAAUAUAGUGACCUUGCAGUUAGUACUCGUACGUCCUCGACGAGUCGGUGAACCUCUCUGGUCCAUGACAAACCGUUGGGCCACGACCUUGAGUGGGUCCUCGAGACGACGGAACAGUUUCCUGACAAAUUUGUCGGAACAGAAGAGAUAAUCAACUGCAUUCAUUCACGUGGGACAACUCCCCCGGCUUAUAUCACUUAUUCAUUCAGUGAAUUGUUUCAUUCGGGAUUAUUGAACUUUGUUGUACACUUUAGAAAGCGAGUUGGAUGCCUGAUUAGCGCGCACUCAUGGUCCAAACGAGGAUCUACAGAGAGGUGCCAAGAUCGUACGCUUUUCACUGAGAUUUCUCCUCUCCACGUGCCUGCAACCCUUCGCCAAGUCCAAUUAAUGCACAGUAUUCCGUUGUGAUUGGGGGUAAGAAUAGUCACGUGUGUCCUUGCUGACAUUUUAAUAAUAAUAAAAGUGUGUGGGGUUAUGGUGGGGGUACAGUAACAGAGUAACAACCGGAAGAGGUUCGGUAACGCGAGUUGAAUGUCGAAGAGAAAAAAAAUAUUUGGACUUCGUGCGGCUUCACGGAGAUACUCCAUCAUUUUUACCGAGACAAGUGAUUUACUGAUUAGAAUACGCGGGAUUAACAUGGGUUGAUGUGGAAGGGACUUUAUCGAGGACUUCACUGAGUCAUUACAGUUGUUUGUGCACUCUGUGAUAUUAAUUAUUGGACACAGUUGAGUUUGUGAGAGUUGGGGAUUCUUUAGAGUGAAUUUGAGAGACAUCGACAACGGAAGAUGCUCAACUGCACUGAUCUUGAGUGCAUCCUGCACAAUCAUCACUAUUACGCUCAUCUGCACCAGGGACAGUCACAUCAGCCGGUGGACCACGCACUUUCCACGGCGGCCGAGGAUGUGCGCGACGGCAUUCAGACACCUGACAAUGACACUGAUUCCUUGCAAUUGUAUUCGCAUCUCGAUCCACCAGUGGAUAGCGUCUACAUGAUAUGUGGCGUUCUAAUUGCCAUGAUCCUGGUCGGUGUGAUCAUUGUUCUUCUUGCCGUUACAAUCAGUAAAUUGCGGAAGAGGGAGGAUCAUGGAAACGAUCAGGUACAUACGGAGCAACCAUCGGUGGUGCAAACAGCAACACCAGUAUCGGCUAUUGUAUCAACAACUGCAACAGCCCAAACUGUUAUAACAACGACCGGGGAUAUACGUAACAAUGGCAUUGUUAAUAAUGGUGCAAUUAUAACAGCCAGCGAGCUUAGUAAUGGUAUUAUUGAUGGGAAUACAACGUUUGUUACCGAGACAACUGGUGAACAAUUUAUUUGGCAAUUUCCACCGCCAUAUCCACCGCUAACGCCACCGCCACAAUAUACCUUGUACAACGACCAGGAUACUCUCGUACAUGGACUCCAGGCGGACAGGCCGGGCUUUGCCAAAGGCAUAAAAAAAAACAUUGGUGGACGCUGGCGUCGUCUCGUGAAGAGAAAACCGGAGACAGAUACAUGUGCCAUUCCUCCAGAGCUCAAGGAUCAGCUUAAAACGAUAUACGUUUAUUGACCCUCUUUCUAUCACCAAGAGAAAAAAAAUCACACACACACACAGAAACAAUCUGAAAGAAUCCAUUGAUUUUUCACAUUGAUCGAAAAUGAUGAAAAACCCCUUCCAACUCAGUAAUCAAUGCUUUCCUAUAUCGUAAGAUAGUUUAUUGUAUUGAGAGCGUGAACCGAAUGGUUGUGUGCACGACAGAGAAAGAGGUUGAAGUAGAAAAAGAAAAGGGAAGAAUGUGAGUGAGUGGCUCGCGAAGAGAGCAAGAGGGAGUAGAAAAAAGAAGCAAAACGUAAAUGUAAAAAAAAUAGAGAGGGAGAAAGAGGGAGAGAGAGAGAGAGAGAGAGAGAAAUAUGGGGGUUCAACGGUCUCGUGGGACACGAAGAUGCUGCAGCUCGUGACGACGAAAGAGCCCAGGGAUACGCCCUUCGGUAACGCCAUCUCACGUUAUUUAAAAAUCCACAUAUCAAUCUGGGUUGAGAGCAUUUUUGUUGCCUCGCGAUGAAAUUAAAUUUUGUAUUCCAUAUCCGUCAGACUGUUAGUGGAAAUGUCGAAGCAACAAAGAGCCAUUUGAGACGAACAAAAAAUAUGUAACAAAAAUAUCGACGAUUGUGCCUUUUUAUUCCAAUGAGCCGCUGUCCGCAGAAUUUGUCACGUCCCUAAAUUAUUGCACAAAUGAAAUUGACGAAUUUUAAGGGAUGAAAAAGAGGGGGAGGGUGGGGACUGUGAGGUAGAUUGAACUCUGACAGUAAUUGUUCAGGUGGCCGAUCAUAACGUUUUUUGUUAUUAUGUAGAUGAAUUUGCGGAAGAACUCCAUGAGACUGAAAAUGUAAAAAGUACGACAAAACGAGUUACCUCGUAGCUUUUGUGUACGUUUUUACACGAUUUAGUAGAUACUAAAGUUGAUGAUUGAAUCAUUAAAUACCUGAUGCUAGAGAAAAUUAAUGAAAAUGGGGACAAAAAAAUUAUUAUUUUAUGCUGAAAAAUACGAAUCACUAGUAUUAUUGUAUGCCUGAAAUACGACGAAACGCUGGGACUGUCCUCAAGCAUAAUUUGAUUAUUAUUGUUUCAUCAUGUCCUUAAAUAUACUACUCAUUUUAUUUAUCCUCCAGAUAUUCUUUCUUUUCACACACACACACACACACACAAACACACCCUUUUUGUCGUCAUUAUUAUAUUAAAAUUCCAUUGCAAUUUGCUCGAAUAAAUGACAGUCCCGUAUUACCACGUUGUAAAUAGGUGUAUAAAGCAAUAUAAGCGCGUACGACUUUUAUUCUUGUAAUUUUAUCGUGAAUGUGUUUUUAUUUGUGAGGAAGAGGGGGAAUACGAAUGUUGGGAGGUUGGAAAAAAAUGGCCGAGUGGUUGUAACGCAUUCGAGAUCGCAGCUAAUGUCACGACAUUUUUUUACUCUCGUAACUUCUUUUUUAUUCUGGGGAUUUUACCGUUGACGAGGCGUGCGAUGACGAGCACGGAUAUCCGGUGAUUCCAGGUUCUUUUUUCUUUUGUUACUGGACUCGUCAUUUUUUAAUUCUGUGAAAUUGACAAAUUAUGGACGAGUUAUGUUGCAUAGUUUUUCCGUGAAGUCAUUGCAAUCUCGAUUGUUAAGUUGUAAAACGUAAUAAUUGAAUUAUCUCGAAUUUGAGUGAGUUUAGGAGGAAAUGCUUCGCUACGAAAUGCCAUUUUGCCGCAGUAUCACUCGUUUCUGAGAUAUUCAGUGCAGGUGCCACAUUUGAGUAAUUACGUUUUACCGCUUUGAGAAAAAAUGGUGCGUUGUGAUGGAAAGAUACAGCAUUUCUGUGAUUUCUGCUGAUUUGAAAAUUUCAGAGAAGAGAGGAAUUGCAUUGUACCUUAGGAAAAACGCUUUCAUGAGGGAAUUAGUAAGGACAGAGAGAGAAUGUUGUAGUAAUCGAUCAGUACCAACCAUGUGCCUACGAUUUGCAUUGAAUUGUGUUUUUUUUGUUUUAUAACGAUUAAUAUUUAGGAUGAGAGUCGCCUCUCACUACCUAGUCACUUGUUAAUAUUGUGAAAGUAAAAUGAAGGAAAAUGAUAACUGUAAAAUAUAAGAUGGGAGAAUCAAAGGGCGCAGCUUGAGUAAUUUCGGAAGAAGCACCAUUUUAUUGAUGAACAAAUAAAGUAUUUCAAAUGGUA